UUAAAAAAAUGUAAUUAAAACAAUAAAUUUUGACACAUCGAGUAAAAAAAAAUAUUAAUAAUAUAUUAAACUGCCAAUCAACUAUCAUAUUGAAAUUUGACAUCUUUAAAUUUCUUUAAGGAUCCUCUUAGCUUCCAAUCAGGUGGUUCUACAUUCGAUCUGAAAAGGUUACGUGGUAGCUCUAAGGUUUAUGUGGAUGGUACGUCAUGUCCCGCAACACCCAAGAUAGGCCCUCGGAUUGGCCUUUCCCUCCACCAAAACUAUCCCCAGAAACAAAUCAAACCGAUAAAAUACUCAAUAGAAUACCAGUAAUUAUACCCAGUUGAGCAAUUAGUUGCGUGGGGUUGUCGCCGCUUAACAGCCAUCCGUAACUGCAACACCACCAACUGCUCUGGUGGAGGAGAGGAGGAGGAGGAGCCGCCGGAGGAGGUAGAUGCUCAACUCAGCUCUCUCACUUGUAAGUUGAAUCAAUCAAAUUCAAAGGUAUUGUAAAGAUGAUGCUUCUGCCAGUGCCACUGCCAGGUUCGACUUGCUUCCCUUCCAUUCAAUUUACUUCGUCCAUACUCAUCCGCCACCACCACCAUGUCUGGCCUCUGUCCGCCACCGCAGCCGCUGCCGUUACCAAUUCAUCCGAACCCCAUCUGCCCCCAAAUCCAUCUUCCUCAACUACGAUUCAUUCAACCCCAACCUCAACCUCAACCUCGACACGACGCCUUGGAGACGACCAAGCUGCGGCUUCCGCCCACGACUUCGGUCCCCUCCUCACCUUCCUCGCCAACUCCAUGUCAUCCGAUGAUGAUUCUGCCUCCUCCUCCUCCUCCUCCCCAACCUCACUCGACCCGACGGAGUUCCAGCUGGCCCAGUCCUACGGCGCUGUCCCCGCCCCACUCUGGCACUCUCUCCUCAAAUCCCUCUGCGCCUCCUCCUCCUCCUCCUCCAUUGGACUUGCCUACGCCGUCGUUUCGUGGCUCCAAAAGCACAACCUCUGCUUCUCCUAUGAACUCUUCUACUCCAUCCUCAUCCACGCCCUCGGCCGCUCCGAGAAGCUCUUCGAGGCCUUCUUGCUCUCCCAGCGCCAAUCCCUCACUCCCCUCGCCUACAAUGCCCUCAUCGGCGCCUGUGCUCGCAACGGCGACCUCGAGAAGGCCCUCCAUUUGAUGUCCCGCAUGCACCAGGACGGUUACGGCUCCGACUUUGUCUACUACAGCUUGAUCAUUCAGUCCCUCACCCGCUCCAACAAGAUUGAUUCUCCAAUCAUGCUCAAGCUCUACAGGGAGAUCGAGUCCGAGAGCAUUGAGAUUGAUGACCAGCUCUUCAACGACAUCAUUGCUGGUUUUGCUAAAGCCGGCGAGCCCUCCCAGGCUAUGCACCUUCUGGCCAUGGUCCAGGCCACUGGCUUGAACCCCAAAACCGCCACUCUGGUUGCUGUCAUCUCAUCCUUAGGGAAUUCCGGCAGGGUAGUAGAAGCCGAAGCUAUCUUCGAGGAAAUGAGAGAAGGAGGACUGCAACCCAGGACCAGGGCCUACAAUGCCCUCCUCAAAGGCUAUGUAAAGGCAGGUCAACUGAAAGAUGCCGAAUCCAUCGUGUCCCAGAUGGAGAAGAGCGGCAUUUCCCCCGAUGAGCACACUUACAGCCUGCUCAUCGAUGCCUAUGCAAAUGCUGGCAGGUGGGAAAGCGCAAGAAUUGUGUUGAAAGAGAUGGAAGCUGGCAAUGUGCAGACCAAUUCUUAUGUUUUCAGCAGGAUUUUAGCCAGCUACCGCGAUAGAGGGGAGUGGCAAAAGUCGUUCCAAGUUUUGAGGGAGAUGAAGAGCAGUGGAGUAAGACCCGAUAGGCAUUUUUACAAUGUCAUGAUUGACACUUGUGGAAAGUCCAAUUGUCUUGAUAAUGCUAUGGCUACCUUUGAAAGGAUGCUAUCUGAGGGAAUCGACCCGGACACCGUCACCUGGAAUACGCUUAUAGAUUGUUAUUGCAAGUCAAGCCACCAUGUAAGGGCGGAGGAGCUGUUUGAGGAAAUGCAGCAAAGUGGGUGUGCCCCUUGCGCCACCACCUAUAACAUCAUGAUCAAUUCCUUUGGGGAGCAGCAAAGGUGGGAUGAUGUGAAAGGCUUGUUGGGGAAGAUGCAGGCUCAGGGUUUACUGCCCAACAUAGUUACGUAUACCACAUUGGUUGACAUUUAUGGAAAGUCGGGUAGAUUUACUGAUGCAAUAGAGUGUUUGGAGGUUAUGAAGUCUGCAGGCAUGAAACCAUCCCCGACAAUGUACAAUGCCUUAAUUAAUGCCUAUGCACAAAGAGGUUUGUCGGAGUAAGCACUGAACGUGUUUAAGGUAAUGAGAGCAGAUGGAUUAAAACCCAGUCCCUUGGCUUUCAAUUCGUUAAUCAAUGCAUUUGGUGAAGAUAGAAGGGAUACUGAGGCCUUUUCUGUGUUGCAGUACAUGAAGGAAAAUGACCUGAAACCAGAUGUAGUUACGUAUACUACACUUAUGAAAACCCUUAUCCGUGUUGAUAAAUUUUAUAAGGUUCCAGCAGUGUAUGAAGAAAUGAUUAUGUCUGGUUGCACUCCAGAUAGGAAAGCUAGGGCUAUGUUACGGUCUGCGCUGAAAUACAUGAAACAAACACUCAGAUCCUAAAUGACAUGAUUUGAGUCAUCCAGCCACAGUUAAAUGUGUUCACCUGCUAUGUUUGGUCAAGUGAGGUAUGAUAUGAAGAUUAAGGCCAAACCGGUUGAUCUUUAUGCUAGUCAUAAGUUUCACACAUGCCAGGAUCUCCAGACUCCAAUGGCUGUAAAUCACCAUCUUCGACAGUCUGAUCAUUUUGCAGGAACGAUGAUUCGCACUGACCAUCGUGCAAGAGUAUCCAACAUCAAGGGCAAUUGUGUUCCAGAGUUUGGGAACAAUGACAGCGAGCACAGCACACCCUAGUGACAAACACAAGAACAGCUGAAGAAAUACACCCCCAUCACCAUCACCUCACUCAAAUUUUAGGUUGUAAUUGUUUUCCACAAGCACCGCUGCACCAGAUAAAAUGUGAUUCAUUUCUUGUAUCUUGUAAAAAUUUGUCCGAUUGUUUUUCAUCAUAAAGUAAAUGUAAUUAUAAAACUAAAUUGUAUGUGUUUUUGUUCAUAUUUCAAAA